GAGAGGCGGUGUCACAAGUAGAGUUGCAGGAUUUGGCAAAUAAAAAUGUAGGGCAUCCAGUUAAACUUGAAUUUUAGGUAAACAACAAAUAACUUUUUAGUAUCGGUAUGUUCCAAAUGUUGUACGGAACGUAUUGACAUUUUAAAAAUUCCCAGUUUAUCUGAAGUUCAAAUAUAACUGGACGUCCUGUAUUUUAUCUGGCUACCUUAGUCAGGGACGCCCCCUACCCUGGGUUCUGAUAUCCAGUGGCAAGGUUGGGAUCCUCUAGGCCCGUAUUCAUCAGGGAAACAGAUUGGACCGCAUGGUACAUGGGGUCAUGUGGUGUCUAAGGACUUCUUCAAGGUUCUGCUAAGCCAGAUAUUGCUGCCACUUCUGAUUUGAACCUGUUGCUCGACUGGCCCGGAGUGCUGGGAUUCUUCCAGCUGUGUGCCCUGUGGAUGUGCCUGGACCUGCCUGUCAGUGUCCUGGCAAACCUACAGCCUCCCUAUGCAGACCUAGCCUUUCCAGGCUUCUUAGCCCAGACCCAUGAGCUAAUGAAAUAGAGCAGGCUGGAGGUCACUGGGCUCGAGGUCAGCUGGUGGGACAGCCAGCAGCUUCAUACCAGCAAAAGUGGUAAAGAGGCAAGGAAGGAUGCCAGAAAGGGGCGUUGCCCUGGGCAGCCAUGGAUGCCAGGUGGUGCUGAGAGCAGUGGGGCAUGGCUGCAUCCCUUCAGGUCCUGCGUCGCUUGGCCCGAGCCCCCUUGGGCCCAUUCCUCUGGCGGGGCCCAUUGGCCCGGCUGGCCAGUAGCAUGGCCCUGGCAGAGCAGGCGCGGCAGCUGUUUGAGAGCGCUGUGGGUGCCGUGCUGCCAGGCCCCAUGCUGCAGCGGGCACUGUCCUUAGACCCUGACAGUGGGCAGCUGAAGGUGCGGGACCGGAGCUUUCAGCUGCGGCAAAACCUCUACCUGGUGGGCUUUGGCAAGGCUGUGCUGGGCAUGGCAGCUGCAGCUGAGGAGCUGCUGGGCCAGCAUCUUGUGCAGGGUGUGAUCAGCGUUCCCAAGGGGAUCCGCGCUGCCAUGGAGCGGGCUGGCAAGCAGGAGAUGUUGCUGAAGCCACAUAGCCGUGUCCAGGUGUUUGAGGGUGCGGAGAACAACCUGCCGGACCGGGAUGCCCUGCGGGCUGCUCUGGCCAUCCAGCAGCUGGCUGAAGGCCUCACAGCUGAUGACCUGCUGCUCGUGCUUAUCUCAGGUGGGGGCUCGGCCCUGCUGCCUGCCCCCAUCCCACCUGUCACACUGGAGGAGAAGCAGACACUAACCAAGCUGCUGGCAGCCCAUGGAGCCACCAUCCAGGAGCUGAACACCAUCCGGAAGGCCCUGUCCCAGCUCAAGGGUGGGGGGCUGGCUCAGGCUGCCUACCCUGCUCAGGUGGUGAGCCUGAUUCUGUCAGAUGUGGUAGGGGACCCUGUGGAGGUGAUUGCCAGCGGCCCCACUGUGGCCAGCGUCCACAGCGUGCAGGAUUGCCUGCACAUCCUCAAUCGCUAUGGCCUUCGUGCUGCCCUGCCACGUUCUGUGAAGACUGUGCUGGCUCGGGCGGACUCUGACCCCCACGGGCCACACACCUGUGGUCACGUCUUCAACGUGAUCAUUGGCUCCAAUGCACUGGCUCUGGCUGAGGCUCAGAAGCGGGCCGAGGUGCUGGGAUACAGGGCUGUGGUGCUGAGCACAGCCAUACAGGGCGAUGUGAAAAGUGUGGCCCAGUUCUAUGGGCUGCUGGCCCGAGUGGCUGGAGCCUGCCUCACUUCCCCUGGGGCUGGCGCUCCUGUGGAGGAGGAUGCACAACUCUAUGAACUGGCGGCUGAGCUCCAGCUCCCGGACCUGCAGCUGAAGGAGGCUCUGGAGGCCGUGGUGGGCGCUCGGGGCCCGGUCUGCUUGCUGGCUGGUGGCGAGCCUACAGUGCACCUGCAGGGCUCAGGCAAAGGUGGCCGGAACCAGGAACUGGCCCUGCGUGUCGGAGCAGAGCUGGGACGGUGGCAGUUGGGGCCUGCUGAUGUGCUGUUUUUGAGUGGUGGCACUGAUGGGCAGGACGGGCCCACAGAAGCAGCCGGGGCCUGGAUCAGCCCUGAGCUCACCAGCCAGGCUGCUGCCGAGGGUCUGGACGUGGCCACCUUCUUAGCCCACAAUGACUCACAUGCCUUCUUCUGCCGUUUCCAGGGUGGGGCGCACCUGCUGCACACGGGGCUGACCGGUACCAAUGUCAUGGAUGCCCACCUCCUGUUCUUGCAGCUGCGGUGAUGACGGAGGUCAUGUUUUGGGAACCUAGAGGAGGCCUGCAGGGCAGCGGCCUGGAUGAGACCAGGUUUGGUCCCCAGGGCCUCACCAGGCUUUAGGGCCUCUCCACUCCUUGACCCUGUACUACUUGGUUGGCCCUCACACCUCCCAACCAGGGCCUCUGCUCUGUGUCCAAUUCCACAACCAGACAGGCAGGUGGGGGCUCUGUUCCACCCCUACUUUCAGCCAUGGCAGCAGGUAUCCCUGAGGACCAGGACGAGCCCCUGGGCCAAUUUGCCGUUCCCAGUGUUCUCCCUGAGGUAGCCCCUCUGCUCAGCUGCUGAGCCUGUUUCUUCUGUGGGGUGAAGCAAGAGGGACGGAAAAUAAAAAGGACCACGCUGUGGGUUCUCA